AUGCUCGCUCGACUGUUUGGAUGGACGUCGAGACCCGCGCCAGAGCCGGAAUUAGCGUCUGCGCCGUCCACACCUCGUUCCGCCUCACCACCGCAUCCGACUGCUGAGCCUGCCUCACCCACCGCCGCUGCACCAUCUGAAGAGGCGCGACUGUCUCGCAACCGGAAAAAGAGGCAACAGAGGAAGGCGGCAAAGGCACGGCGACGAUCGACGCUGGGCGGCGUGGACGGGCACCAUUCGGAUGAGGCAGACUCGGAGGACGGCAAGGAGCCAGACGAGGACCUGCCGGCGCACGAGGAGUACCCGGAGGCAGAUGAUGACUUGGACUACCUGGGACGAAAAGGCGACAGCACCACCGCCGCACCACCUCCGACAGCGACACUUCCUCCCCUCUUCCCUCCCUCCAUCGCUUCACCCUCUUCAGCCACCGUAUCGACUUCCACGCCAACUAUCGCACCCGAAGAGCAGAACGCAGCAGCGCUCAUCUCGUCCAUGAUUGCCCAAGGGCAAUUCCAGGAAGGCCCGCGAGGUCCCCUCCAGCGGGUCUACAACCUCCCCGACGGCGCAGGGCAGCUCGCUGGCGUCGAGAUCAAGAGCACGGCGGAAGCGAAGAAGCGAGCAGAGGAGGCGGGUCUCGUGGCGGUCACGGACGACAAGGGGUUCCUGCGAGUAGGCGUGCGGAUCAACGAGGAUCUCGUCCUCCUGCACCCGAAGGACGGCAAGGGCAUGCCGAUUCUGCUCAAGAUGUGA